CGGAAGUGUGAUUGUUUUGUUCUGAAGAAGGUGUUAUGGCGGCGCCAGUGGUGGGAAUUUCAAAAGUGAGCAGAUCCUGCUAAAUAGAGUCAAUCUAACCUCAUGUAUUAACAGUGAAAACUACAAGAAACGCGUGAGCUGUCAUUCGGGGCGCUUCCUCAUAACAUAACAGAGCCGUCGCCCAAGGAUAAAGACCCAGACUGGUGACCUAAGAUGACCAGAGUAGGUCCUCUAGCAGGGUGCAAUGACCCAGACAUCCGACUGGUCCCAAUGCCUGCCCCGGUGCCCCUGGUCCCCGCUAGCCUCCUGCGGUGCCCGGAACUGGACCUGUCUCUCCCCCUCAGCCCAGACCCGCCACGGCCCAACCCAGCUAGCCUGCUGAGAGGACGCAGACGCCGGCAGGUGCGAUUUGCCUCCGAGGAGCCUGUGGUUGUCACGGUGAUAGCAGAGCCUAGCAAAGACCCUCCACCUUGGCAAUGCCCUGGACACUCCAGCAGUUACUCAAAGGGGAAAAGACUCCAUGGUGGAGAUCUGUGUUGGAGGGCAAGGUCAGCAACCAAUGAGGAGGCUCCCUGUGAGGAGAGGGGUGGCAGCCUCCCUGAAGGGGCGGAGUUAAAUACUACUCUGGCUCUGAGGGCUGAGCUAGAUAACGUGGCAGGGGCAGAGUUUAACUCCCAGAAGGCUGUGCAGGAGCAACUACAGAAGUCAGACAGAACCAAGAACAGCAUCAGCGCCCGGGCUACAGAGGGGGUGAACGUCCCUCCAUCCCAGCACCUCUACAGGGCAUUGGUCAAUGUGAAUGUGGAGGAGGAGGAGCUUAUCAGCCAGGCUCUACGUGACAGGCUUCAGCUGGUCUCGCCCACAUGCAGCUAUGGCAACAAGAAAGAGGACAGUCCUGACCUGCAGGUUUUCUUCAGGGGGGAUCUGCUGAGAGAGAAGCCCCUCCUACCAGGGGAGGAGAUUACCUUACCACGCCCCCAGCCCAUCCCACGCCCCGCAGACACAACCUUCGACCUCUACCACAGACACACAUGCUGGGAGGCUGGACCCUGACACACACACACUUACUCUGAACCUCUAGACUGAAAGGCCCUGUCCCAAAACUUAAGAAGGGCAUUAUCCCUUCUUUCCCUCCCUACCUCUGUCAUUCUCAGAUAUAAAUAUUGUAUUUUAAACUAAUUGAAGAUAUUAAAGGAAUGAACCUGUA